UGCACAGCAAGUUUAAUUUUUUGCCCGGAAAAGUGGGACUUGUUUUCCUGGCGAGUGGAAUUGCUAAUACUUUAGUAGCACCUGUGGUAGGCAAACUGUGUGAUAUGAUGCAUCCUAGAUGGUUUGUACCGAGUGGAAUUAUAACUGCUGGUGCUGGUGGAUUCUUUCUCAUGUCGUUUGGACACUCCAUUGCCUUACAAGUUCUUGCACAAGUGUUCAUAGGAAUUGGGAGUGCAUUGACACUUGGUUCUUGCUACACAGAUCUGUUGAAGGAGUUCUGUAGAAAGUUACAAGUAGACGAACUGGAUGAAACUACAAUUGGAAAAGCAUACUCUGCUCUCAGGAUUUUUUCCAUUCUCGGUGAAAUUACUGGUUCAGCUUUAGGUGGAGUGUCCGUAGAUUCUCUAGGUUUUGGCAAGGCUACCCUAAUGUGGGGCAGUAUUGAAACAUUGUUUGGAGUUGUGUACUUGUUGUUAUUUACAAUUUCAAGAAUACCUCACAUUUAAUUGUAGAUCAGUGUAGCACUCUUGCUACACAGAUCUGUGCAAGAAAUGAACCGGACACUGACAGGCUCACGUGAGUGUGGGGAGGAGGCUAGGUGUGAGGUACUCUUUCAAACUCUUUUAAUUGAUUAAAUGUUACUUCUGUUAGUACUGUACGUAUUAUCAUGCCAAGUUGUAUAUCUCAUGACUUACUAUAUUACAUGUAU